CCGCUGGCGAAGAUGGCGGCGUCUACCGGGCGCUUAGCGGCGCGGCGGCUCUUCCUGCCCUGGUGCGCUCGCCUCGUUCGGCCGUCCGGCUCGGGGAACCGGUGUGUACAUGUGGGAAAAGGCAGAUUCAGAGCUGUCCAGGCAGCAACAGAAGUAGUCUUAAAUGUUCCUGAGACUCGUGUGAGUCCUCUGGAGAAUGGCUUGCAGGUGGCUUCUGAAGACUCUGGACUUUCAACAUGCACAGUUGGACUUUGGAUUGAUGCUGGAAGCCGGUAUGAAAAUGAGAAGAACAAUGGAACUGCUCACUUUCUUGAGCAUAUGGCUUUCAAGGGUACAAAAAAGAGAUCUCAGUUAGACCUUGAACUGGAGAUUGAGAACAUGGGAGCUCAUCUGAAUGCCUAUACAUCAAGGGAACAAACAGUGUAUUAUGCAAAGGCUUUUUCAAAAGAUUUACCAAGAGCUGUGGAAAUCCUUGCUGACAUAAUCCAGAACAGCACCCUGGGAGAAGCAGAGAUUGAGCGUGAGCGAGGAGUUAUACUCCGAGAGAUGCAAGAGGUUGAAACCAAUUUACAGGAAGUUGUCUUUGAUUACCUUCACGCCACUGCCUAUCAGAAAACUGCCCUCGGAAGGACAAUUUUAGGACCCACUGAAAACAUCAAAUCCAUAAACCGUAAUGACUUGGUGGAGUACAUAACAACACAUUACAAGGGACCCAGAAUAGUCCUGGCUGCUGCUGGAGGGGUCUGUCAUGACGAGCUCCUUGACCUGGCAAAAUGCCAUUUCGGUAACUUGCCGUCUGCUCCAGAAGGAGGACUGCCACCCCUACCACCGUGCAGCUUCACAGGCAGUGAGAUCCGUAUAAGAGAUGACAAGAUGCCCCUGGCGCACAUCGCCAUCGCUGUAGAAGCAGCUGGCUGGUCUGACCCAGAUACCAUUCCCCUUAUGGUAGCAAACACUCUGAUAGGUAACUGGGAUCGUUCCUUCGGAGGAGGAGUGAAUUUAUCCAGUAAACUUGCUCAGAUUGCCUGCCAUGGUAACCUGUGUCAUAGUUUCCAGUCCUUCAACACCUGCUACACUGACACAGGGCUGUGGGGACUCUAUAUGGUCUGUGAGCCAUCGACUGUACAGGACAUGGUGCAUUUUGUUCAGAGAGAAUGGAUCAGACUUUGUACAAGCGUCACAGAAAAUGAAGUAGCCCGAGCAAAAAAUCUUCUGAAGACAAAUAUGCUGCUACAACUUGAUGGCUCCACCCCAAUCUGUGAAGACAUUGGAAGACAAAUGCUGUGUUAUAAGCGCAGAAUUCCAAUUCCAGAACUUGAGGCAAGAAUUGAAGCUAUUGAUGCCCAGACUAUUAGAGAAGUUUGCACGAAGUACAUCUAUGAUAAGCAUCCUGCAGUUGCUGCCCUGGGUCCAAUUGAACAACUGCCAGAGUAUAACAAGAUCUGCAGUGGGAUGUAUUGGCUUCGUGAGUAGCGGAUGACAGAACUUUCAGUAUGGUUGAGCUUCAAAAGGAAAAAAGAAUAAAGUAAAGAGGAUACCACUAUCUCCGUCUUAUAGCUUCUGAGCUGGGAGAAAUGCGUCUGACAAGAUUAAAAUUCAAACACCAACUGUAGUCCUGUGUGUUUGUGUACUUAAGGAAGUAAUGAAAAGAAUAUAUACUAUUUGCAUUUUUAUUAUAAAACAAAGAUUGUCAGUAAAAGUCAUUUCUUGACUUUAGUAGC